GCCAUUUUGUAAUCAUUUAAACUUAACGUGGAAAUAAUGAGUUUCAGCUCUCUGGAUACAAGAUGUUAAGUUUCGUCUUUUUGUUAAUAAAAUCUUCACAUGGAACAUAAACGAAAAACGAUGUCCUGGCGGGAGGGGAGCUAAUGGUAUAUGCAGGUGUUCUGGAUAACUUGUGUGGAUCUACAGAGUUUUGAGCCAUGGAACUGGCAGUGCACUGGGUGAUCUGGAUUAGUUUUCUAUUUCAAUUUCCAAUGUUGGGAUGUUUUGAUUUGCACCUUUCGGACUCUUUACAUGCCGGAUUUGUAUUAACAAAUUUGUCUCUUGGACCUGGUUGGAUAUACAAAAUCGAUAGAACUUUAACUCCAAAAUACCUGAGAAACUUUUUGGAAAUAGACCCUCAAGCCGGAGUCUUACGUCUUACUCAGAAAAUAGACUGUGCGCGCCUGCUAAAAAAUCCUGCGCCGGUUUACUUCAAAUUCAGGUCUGUAAAUUCUGAAAACUUAAUUUUAACGCAUUUUAACACUUUUGUCCACGGGCAAGACUGCUUUAUCAAAUACAAAAGAAAGACUACAACAGGUCAGCCCAAUAUAUACAUUAAUUACCUUUCAAGACUGGAUGCGGCUUCUUGCUUUUCCGCAGGUAAAUUGCUAAUGAAUAUAAAGGAACAUUUACCAGUUUUUACGAGGAAUUUUGAGUUUUCCAAUUCCACAUGCACUGAAGCGGAUUUAAAAGUGGUCUUUAACAAUGGGAGUUUAACACUGAAUGGGGAUCACUGCCUACGGUCUGGAGAGAGGAGUGAGGUGGAUUUAGUUUGUACGCUCAAGGACCGGCGAAAUGAUCAGAUCACUGUUAGAGUUAAAUUACGGUUUAUGACAACGGACGAGCGUGGUUUAUUCACAGAUCAUGCACGUCAUAAGAUGGGCCCGUGGAACAAACGCAGAAAAAGAAACGUGAACACCGCUCCCCAGUUUCAGUGGCGCAACUAUCAGGUGUCUGUCCCAGAGAAUGAGCCCGCUGGGACGUGGGUUAUUAUGCUAAGAGCCACUGACCCAGAUGAAGGCGAUGCUGGUAGAAUUGAGUAUACUAUGGAAGCCCUGUUUGAUAGCAGAUCCAACGAUUAUUUUCAAAUUGAUCCAGAGACCGGGAGCAUUAUAACCACACAGCCUUUAGACAGGGAAGUAAAAGAUACUCAUGUAUUCAAAGUGACUGCUACUGACAACGGCACACCUAAGAGGUCAGGGGUAGUGUAUCUCACAGUCACUGUUAGUGAUACCAAUGAUCACGGCCCGGUUUUCGAGCAAACUGAAUACAAGGUUAGCAUUCGCGAAAAUAUGGAAGAAGGCUUUGAAGUGAUGACUGUAAGGGCAACAGACGGAGAUGCGCCUUCCAACGCUAAUAUGAUAUAUAGAAUUGUGAACGGUGACGGGGCAAACGCCGCUUUUGAAAUUGAUCCGAGAACUGGAGUUGUUAAGAUCAGGGUGCGUCCAGACAGGGAAACGAUGGCAAAGUACCAUCUAAUAGUUGAGGCCAAUGACCAAGGCAAAGACCCUGGCCCAAAAACUGCUACAGCUACUGUGCACAUCACCGUAGAGGAUGAAAAUGACAACUAUCCUCAGUUUAGUGAAAAAAGAUACGUUGUCAAGGUACCUGAAAACAUACCAGUGAACAGCAAAGUUGCACAGGUGGAAGCUACUGAUAAAGAUGAAGGCAACAAUGCCAAAGUGCACUAUAGUAUAAUUAGUGGAAAUGUAAAAGGUCAGUUUUAUAUUCAUUCACCUACUGGUGUCAUUGAUGUAAUUAACCCGCUAGAUUAUGAAAUAAUUAGGGAAUAUAAUCUGCGAAUUAAGGCACAGGAUGGGGGUAGACCCCCUUUGAUAAAUGGGACUGGUCUUGUUGUUGUGCAAGUUGUUGAUGUGAAUGACAAUGCUCCAAUGUUUGUCAGCACCCCAUUCCAAGCCACAGUCUUGGAAAACGUCCCAGUUGGACAUUCUGUAAUUCACAUUCAGGCUGUUGAUGCGGAUUCUGGAGAGAAUUCUCGCUUACAAUACAGACUGACAGACAUGCCACAAGAUUUUCCCUUUGCAAUUAAUAACAGCACAGGCUGGAUCACAGUUUCGGCAGAACUAGAUAGAGAGACAACUGAUUAUUAUCACUUUGGUAUUGAAGCAAGGGAUCAUGGGGUCCCAGUUAUGUCAUCCUCUGCCAGUGUAAGCAUAACCGUUUUAGAUGUGAAUGACAACAUCCCCGCUUUCACUGAAAAAGAGUAUUACCUUAGAAUUAAUGAAGAUGCAGUUGUGGGGACUAGUGUGUUGACUGUUACAGCUGUUGACAGAGAUGUUAACAGUGUUGUAACAUACCAGAUUUCAAGUGGAAACACUAGGAACAGGUUCGCAAUUACGAGCCAGAGUGGUGGUGGUCUAAUAACAUUAGCCUUACCCCUGGAUUAUAAGCAAGAGAGGCAAUACGUGCUGACUGUAACUGCAUCCGAUGGCACUCGUUUUGACACAGCCCAGGUCUACAUUAAUGUUACUGAUGCUAAUACACACAGGCCCGUUUUUCAGAAUGCUAAUUACCAGGUGGAAAUCAGUGAGGACAGGCCCAUUGGUUCUACGGUAGUAGUUAUAAGUGCAACUGAUGAAGACACUGGUGAGAAUGCAAGGAUUACUUACCUAAUGGAAGAUAAUGUUCCACAGUUUAAAAUCAACCCUGAUUCAGGUGCAAUAACUACUCAAAUGGAAAUUGACUAUGAGGAUCAGGCUUCUUACACGUUGGCAAUUAUAGCCAGGGAUAAUGGAAUUCCUCAGAAGUCAGACACAACUUACGUUGAAAUAAUUGUUGUUGAUGCCAAUGACAACUCCCCUCAGUUCCAAACAGAUAUUUACUCAGGCAGUGUUUUUGAGGAUGCACCUGUGUUCACCAGCGUCCUGCAAAUAACUGCUUCUGACAGGGAUUCCUCAUCCAAUGGAAGAGUGAGCUACACUUUUCAAGGUGGGGAUGAUGGAGAUGGGGAUUUUCUCAUUGAGCAGUCCUCUGGGAUUGUCAGGACAGCUAGGAAGCUGGACAGAGAAAAUGUGCCAGUUUACAACUUGAAAGCUUAUGCGGUUGACAAGGGGGUUCCACCUUUAAAAGCAUCAGUGAACAUCCAGAUAUCUGUGCUAGAUAUAAAUGACAACCCACCUGUUUUUGAAAAGGAUGAAUUUGACAUCUAUGUUGAAGAAAACAGUGCAGUAGGUUCUACUGUAGCAAGGAUCACUGCGACAGACCCAGAUGAAGGAUCCAAUGCACAAAUCAUGUAUCAGAUUGUGGAAGGAAACAUUCCAGAGGUUUUCCAGCUGGAUAUUUUUAAUGGAGACCUAAUUGCCUUAACAGAUUUAGAUUAUGAAACUAAAACAGAGUAUCUGAUUGUGGUCCAGGCAACAUCUGCUCCAUUAGUGAGCCGAGCCACUGUUCACAUCCGGCUUGUGGAUAUAAAUGACAAUGAUCCUGUGCUGCAGGACUUUGAAAUCAUUUUUAACAACUAUGUAACCAACAAGUCCAACAGCUUUCCUUCUGGGGUAAUUGGAAAGGUUCCUGCUUAUGACCCCGACGUUUCAGAUAAACUUCAUUACACCUUUGUGGAGGGUAAUGAGCUAAGUCUCUUGAUUUUAAACCAAGACACAGGAGAGCUGAAGCUAAGCAGAGACUUGGAUAAUAACAGGCCCUUGGAAGCCAGAAUGAAAGUGUCCGUCACAGAUGGUAUUCAUCGUAUCACUGCGGUGUGCACGCUGCGGGUCACCAUCAUCACUGAUGACAUGCUGACCAACAGCAUCACAGUGCGGCUGGAGAACAUGUCCCAGGAGAAGUUCCUCUCUCCUCUUCUCUCACUCUUCGUGGAUGGGGUGGCCGCUGUCCUUUCCACCACCCGGGAUGGCAUCUUCGUCUUCAACAUCCAGAAUGACACCGACGUGCACGGGAACAUCCUCAACGUCACUUUCUCCGCUCUGCUCCCGGGGGGGCUGCGCAACCAGUACUUCCCCUCCGAAGACCUGCAGGAGCAGAUCUACCUCAACAGGACCCUCCUCACCAUGAUCUCCACGCAGCGGGUGCUGCCGUUCGAUGACAACAUUUGCCUGCGCGAGCCCUGUGAGAAUUACAUGAAAUGCGUCUCCGUGCUCAAAUUUGACAGCUCCGCUCCCUUCAUCAGCUCCAACACCGUGCUGUUCCGUCCCAUUCAUCCCAUCAAUGGCCUCCGCUGCAGGUGCCCGCCUGGAUUCACUGGGGAUUACUGUGAGACCGAGAUUAACCUCUGCUACUCGGAGCCGUGCUUCAACAGUGGGACGUGUAGGAGCAGAGAGGGGGGAUACACCUGUGAGUGUCCCGAGGAUUUUACAGGAGAGCACUGCGAGGUCAAUGCCCGCUCAGGAAGAUGUGCCCCUGGGGUUUGUAAAAAUGGGGGGACCUGCAUCAAUCUCCUGGUGGGAGGCUUCAAAUGCGAGUGUCCCCCGGGGGAGUACGAGAGGCCGUACUGCGAGAUGACCACCAGGAGCUUCCCACCUCAAUCCUUCGUCACCUUCAAGGGCCUGCGGCAGAGGUUCCACUUCACAGUCUCUCUCACGUUUGCUACCAGGGAAAGGAAUGCUUUGCUUCUUUACAAUGGCCGUUUUAAUGAAAAGCAUGACUUUAUUGCGCUAGAAAUCAUUGAUGAGCAGGUCCAGUUGACGUUCUCAGCAGGAGAGGCCAAAACCACUGUAGCACCAUUUGUUCCAGGAGGCGUCAGCGAUGGCCAGUGGCAUUCCAUCCAGCUGCAUUACUAUAACAAAGAUAGCCUGCAUCUCCUUGAUUCCAGUGGGGUCCUGCAUGUACCCAUAUAUACAGCAUGGCUGGAACUGAAACAUAAGGAGCCCAACAUCGGACGACUAGGUAUUCCACAUGGGCCCUCUGGAGAGAAGGUGGCUGUAGUAGCAGUGGAUGACUGUGACAUUGCAAUGGCUGUUCGUUUUGGCAGCCACAUUGGAAACUACUCCUGUGCUGCUCAGGGAACUCAAACUGGCCCAAAGAAGUCCUUGGACCUUACAGGGCCUUUGCUUCUUGGAGGGGUUCCAAACCUCCCAGAGGAUUUCCCUGUCCGAAACCGGGAGUUUGUGGGCUGCAUGAGGAACCUGACCAUUGACAGCAAACCCAUUGAUAUGGCCAGUUUCAUAGCGAAUAAUGGCACCACAGCAGGUUGUACAGCUAAGAAGAAUUUCUGCAGUCCAAAUCUAUGCCAGAACGGAGGGACCUGUAUAAAUAAAUGGAAUACCUAUGGCUGUGAGUGCCCACUGUAUUAUGGUGGCAAAAACUGUGAACAAGCAAUGCCUUCUCCUCAGUACUUUGAAGGCCACAGUAUGGUAUCGUGGAGUGAGCCAGACAUCACCAUUGCAAUUCCCUGGUACAUAGGAUUGAUGUUCAGAACCCGGCAGAGCAGUGGGAUGUUAAUGCAGACAAAUGCUGGACUGUCUUCCAAGAUCAACAUACUAGUAAGUAACAAGCACGUGCAGUUUGAAGUGUACUACGGGGUCAGUCUGGUGGCCAUUUUGAAGUUCACAGAGGCCAGAGUGAAUGAUGGAGAGUGGCACCAUUUGCUGAUUGAGAUAAAAAGCACUAAAGAUGGCAAAGAUACCAAAUACAUGGCAGUAGUUUCUCUUGACUACGGAAUGUUUCAGAAAAGUGUGGAAAUUGGGAAUGAGGUACCGGGACUGAAAGUGAAAAGCCUGUUUGUAGGGGGACUUUUGGGGAAAGACGGGUCAGUUGAGCAAGGAUUUCUUGGCUGUAUGCAGGGUGUGAGAAUGGGAGAAACCUCUACCAGUAUAGCCAAUGUGAACAUGAACCAGGGCCUAAAGAUUCGUGUGGAAGAUGGCUGCGAUAUUGAAGAUCCAUGCGACUCCAACAUCUGCCCUGAACACAGCACCUGCAGCGAUGAAUGGAAUGCCUAUUCCUGUAUUUGUGAUCCAGGCUACUUUGGCAAACAUUGUGUGGAUGCAUGUCAGCUUAACCCAUGUGAGCAUGUCUCUACCUGUGUCCACAAGCCGAGUUCCUCCCAUGGAUAUAUCUGCGAGUGUGGGGACAGUUACAAGGGACAGUACUGUGAAAACAAGAUUGAUCAACCUUGUCCCCGAGGCUGGUGGGGAAACUCCAACUGUGGGCCUUGCAAUUGUGACAUUAAUAAGGGAUUUGAUCCCGACUGUAACAAAACUACUGGAGAGUGCAGGUGCAAGGAUAAUUACUACAGACCAGAGGGCAGUGACACCUGCUAUCCUUGCGACUGUUUCUCCCUGGGAUCUAAAACACGGACCUGUCACACCCAGACAGGCCUGUGCACAUGCAAGUCUGGAGUUAUUGGCCGGCAGUGCAAUCGCUGUGACAACCCCUUUGCUGAGGUCACAUCUGAGGGAUGCCAAGUGAUUUAUGAAGGUUGUCCCAAGUCAUUUGAAGCAGGUAUCUGGUGGCCUAAAACAAAGUUUGGAAGGCCAGCUGCGAUGAACUGUCCCAAAGGAUCUAUUGGCACUGCAAUCCGCCAUUGCAAUGAGGAAAAAGGCUGGCUUCCCCCAGAACUCUUCAAUUGUACUACCAUCACAUUCUCAAAGCUAAAAACCUUGAAUGAGGAGUUGCAUCACAAUGGCACAAAAAUGGAUGGUGAAAAGUCAAAGAAUAUUGCAAGGAUGCUGCAGAAUGCCACCAAUAGUACAAGUAGUUUUUAUGGAAAUGAUGUGAAGACUGCUUACCAGUUAAUCGUGCAAGUCCUGCAGUAUGAAAGCAAACAGCAUGGCUUUGAUCUGGCAGCAACAAGAGACGCUGAAUUCAAUGAGAAUAUUAUUAAAGCUGGCAGUGCCAUCCUGGACCCUAGCAACAAAGUCCACUGGGAGCAGAUCCAACGUACAGAGGGUGGCACCGCUCAUCUCCUGAAACAUUAUGAGGAGUAUGCCAGCACAGUGGCACAGAACAUGAGGAAGACCUAUCUCAAACCCUUCACCAUAGUCACUCCAAACAUGAUUAUUGCUGUUGAUUUCCUGGAUAACUCAAGCCCGGACAGCGUUGUAUUGCCUCACUUUGCGGAGAUCCGUGAAGACUAUCCUAAAGACCUGGAGUCCACCGUUCAUUUUCCAGAGGCCAUUUUCAGGCAACGAGAAAACCAAGUUAAGCCCACAAGUCAACCGUCUAGCCAGAGAGAUUUUGAUGAAAAUGACGAUGCGGUUCCCCUAAAAAAGAAACGUCAUACUGAAGGUGCUAGCCCACACACGGUUGCUGUGGUGAUCAUCUACAGAUCUCUAGGACAACUUCUGCCUGAGCACUUUGACCCUGACCGCAGGAGCCUGAGGCUUCCCAACCGGCCAGUCAUUAACACCCCGAUAGUCAGCACCACAGUGCACUGUGAGGGGGGCGCUCUUUCCAUUCCACUGGAGAUGCCAAUCACCAUGGACUACAACCUCCUGGAGACGGAGGAGAGGACCAAGCCUGUGUGUGUCUUCUGGAACCAUUCCAUUGCGAUCGGUGGGACUGGGGGCUGGUCCUCAAAGGGCUGUGAGCUUGUUUCUAGGAACCAGUCUCAUAUUAGUUGCCAAUGCAACCACAUGACCAGCUUUGCAGUGCUCAUGGACAUCUCGAAACGAGAGUAUGGAGAAGUACUGCCAUUGAAGAUUGUCAGUUACACUACUAUAGCCAUAUCUCUUGUGGCUUUACUGGUGACAUUCUUGCUACUGGUCAUCAUUAGGAAGCUGAGGUCUAAUCUUCACAACAUCCAUAAGAACCUAGUUGGGGCUCUUUUCUUCUCUGAGCUUGUCUUCCUCAUAGGGAUCAAUCAAACUGACAAUCCGUUUGUCUGCACUGUGAUCGCCAUCCUACUGCACUAUUUCUAUAUGUGUACUUUUGCGUGGAUGUUUGUGGAAGGACUUCACAUCUACCGCAUGCUUACUGAAGUGAGAAACAUAAACCAUGGACACAUGAGGUUCUACUAUGCCAUUGGCUGGGGGAUACCAGCCAUCAUCACAGGUCUUGCUGUAGGCCUGGAUCCACAAGGUUAUGGUAAUCCUGACUUCUGCUGGCUGUCUGUUCACGAUACCCUAAUAUGGAGUUUUGCAGGACCCAUUUCCAUUGUAGUGCUUGUCAACAUUGUGAUCUUUAUAUUAGCUGCAAAGGCCUCUUGUGGAAGAAAGCACCGAACAUUUGAGAAGACAGGAGUCAUCUCUGCUCUGCGCACUGCUUUUGUCCUCCUCCUGCUGAUCAGUGCCACCUGGCUGCUAGGCCUGAUGGCAGUCAACAGUCAUGUCAUGACCUUCCAUUACCUGUUUGCCGUCUUCAGCUGUCUCCAGGGUAUAUUCAUUUUCUUCUUCCACUGCAUAUUUAAUAAAGAAGUGAGAAAAAAUUUAAAGAACGUUUUCACUUCAAAGAAAUCAUUACCUGAUGAAUCUAGUACAACACGAGCCUCUCUAUUAACGCGAUCUCUGAACUGUAACAACACGUACACGGAAGAGCCAAACUUGUACCGGACGCCCAUUGGAGAGUCCACUGUGUCGCUCGAGAGCACUGUCAGGUCAGCCAAGAGCCACAGUAGCUAUCUUGCUUAUAUGCUCAGGGAUGACUCUGGGCAAAAGCCAAGUGUAUCUUCUAGUACAGCAAGAGUGGGUCUCCCUGAAGGAGAUUCAUCUAUAUUCCACCGCAGUAAAACCAAGCAUGAAGAUUCUGAUUCAGACAGUGAGCUCUCGGUGGAUGAGCACAGCAGCUCUUAUGCGUCCUCCCACUCCUCAGACAGUGAAGAUGACGAGGUGGACGUGAAGCCGAGGUGGAAUCCAAACACACCGAAAAAUAAUGAGAGGCAGCCUCUGCACAGCACCCCUAAAGAUGCUGUUCCCAAUCAUGUAAAACCUUACUGGCCCACAGAGUGUGCAACAGCCAGUGACAGUGAGGACCCAGGGGCCACAGAAAAGCUCAGGGUGGAGACCAAAGUGAAUGUGGAGCUACACCAGGAAAACAAACUGAACCACACUGGGGAGGUGCCACAAGAGAAAGAACCACUGAAAGAAAGUGUACCAGCAAGCCAGCCAAACUCCAAUCAUCAACCCGAGCAGAGAAAAGGAAUCCUGAAAAACAAAAUCACUUACCCACCACCUCUGUCAGACAAGAACAUGAAAAACCGUCUUCGAGAAAAGCUAUCCGAUUACAAUCCACCGACAAUUUCAUCGCGGACCUCGUCCAUAGGGUCGAGUGAAGGCAUCCGUCCAGCCGCUGGCAGUAAUGUCCUUGUGAAGCAGCCAGCCAGGCAGCAGUUGAGAGAGCAGCAGAAUGGAGUGGCCAUGAAUGUCCGAGCAGGCACAAUAAACCGAGACACGUCGGACUCGGAAGGAAGUAAUGAAACUUCAAUCUGAUUCACCAGGAACCCUAAGGGGGUAUUACACUCAUGAGGGACUCCCCAUUCUCGGCUCAAGUAAAGCCUCUUCCUGUGAACAAGACACUUUGUUGCAUCAGCUCCUAUGGAGAAGAAUAUUACUGCAGACUUUUACCUGCUAGAAAAGGGAAUGUAUGUGACUGCACCAGCAGGAGGUUUUGUCAUGGUGUAUUUGUGAACAGUGCCAAACAAUAAGCGGAAGUGAAAGGCCACUAUGCAACAAGGUGGAUCGAGGCAAUUGAAGCGAUCACUUAAUAAACGACAUCGGUAGCCAAUGUGCUGCCCCAUGCUGCUGUCACUUGGCGAUACUACUUUGCUAUUGUUUAUCCGAGGAGCUGACUGUGGUAAACAAAUCUGUGAUGGGAAGCAGAAACAUUAACAACGCUGAAGCAUUACUGAAAGAACCUCAGUAAAGUCUGCUAAUGAUGACUGAGGGUUUCUGUGACACGCUGCAGCCUUGCCCCAGUGAACUGCAAAGCACACCAAUGUGUCAUGUUGUCUCUGGCUUUGGGAGAGAGAAACAGUCUUAAAUGAAUGCAUUUUAUGUAAAAAGAAAUUGUAGAUAUGUUUUUUUAUCCUGUUUUUUAUCAUAUCCGUUUCUUAGGAGAAAAAGAAAAGCUAGCGUCUAUACUGUACUUCGCAUUUUAAUAUGUGUUGCUACAGGAGCUUCUGUACUUAAAUGAAUCUCCUACUGUUGGUUGCACAAUUGUACUUGAAGUUGCUGUGCUGUAUGAUUUACAGUCAUUAAAUUGUUUUAAUGAGGAAGUAUUUGGAGUUUUGCACCCUCAUCAGACAAUGAAAUCAGAGAGGGUUUUUGUUUUUAUUUGUUGUUUUUUUUUCAGAAUUCUGUGGGCAGAAGAUUGUGAAAUUUUUAAGGGAUUUACACACCUUCUCAGUGAUGGAAAAUGUGGGAUAUGGAAAACGAGUAGCUCCACUGAAGUUAUUUUGAAGGAUGGUGGUAUAUGUAAUUGCAAAGUCUGGAACUUAAUACUCACAUAUAAGCCAAAUAUUCAUCUGUUGCCUUAAGGUACUUUAAAAACAGCUGACAACUAGAUAAAAGCAAUAGUGAUGGGUGUAGAUGGACCAUUCUAUGUAAUAAAAAGUUUUGGUCAAGUUUUUGUAUAGCUGUAGGUGUUUAAAGUGGAGAUGUUCUGAAUUCGCUGGUGCAGUGCUCCAUAGAAGAAAAUACGCCCUUGUUGCCAAGGUGGAGUCUGAGGCCAUUUUGUGAAGUGUGGCUGUUCAUUACCCUCAGGCUGUUUGCAAAGCACUCAUUAAGGAAUACAAAAAUGCCUUACCUGUUAUGAUGACUUGUUAAAUACAUUGUACAGCUUUUUGGAAGUGAUUCAAUUGAUCUAUCAUCAGAUAUCAUCCAUUUAAAUUUAAAUGAGGUGCUAUUUGGUUUCAAAAUAUGGCAGCUAUAUCCCAAAAGCUUAAGAGCAAUACAGUAUCAGAAGUUCAGGCACAUGUGAAUGUUUCAUUUUUGUCUUAAAUACAUUCACAUCUUGUUCUUCUUUAAUAUUCAUAACUCCCCAGAAAGUAGUUUUUGUAAGUGGAAAUGCAUACCAAAUUGUCAUUAUCACAACAAGAUUGUGGUUUAUACAAAAGUUUGCUGUUUUUAUCUUUCACAGUAGCACACUCAUUGUGGUAAUAUGAUAACAGCAUUCUGUGUAAUUCUGUUCCGUAUGUUUUACAAAACUGCAGUCUUCAUAUUGUAAAAAAAAAAGAUGUUGGGUCUUUACCACUAAAAAGGAAAUUUAUCAACAUUGAUAUCUGAAAUGUACAGUCAAUGGGAUGUUUCAUUCUCUUCUCCUAAAUAGUUGUGUGUAGCCACAACUACAUUUGUAAGAAAUGCUUUAUCUGAAAAACAAGGUUUCUUACCCAGCCUCCAUGAAAAUACAUUUUUUGUGGCCCAGUUUAAUUGAAUUAAAUGCCACAGAAGACAAUGCCUGAACUGCAUGAAAGAACGUGUUUCAAAACCACAGAUCUGAAUGUAGUCUAACACCUUCAGUUGUCACUUUAUGUUCAGUUCAGUCUGCAACUCUCCAGUAAAUAUUACACACUUGCAGCAAUUCUCGUGUACAUUUUGACCCAGUGUAUGUAUAUUUUUUCUUGAUUUUUAUUCAUUAGUUUUUUAACUAUUUUUAAUUUUUAUGAUAGACACUGGAAUUUUUGUAACAUAUGUAUAUUUAUUGUUUUACAAAACACUGGAAAACAAUGUAAGAUUGUAAAAUAAAGUUUUGAAUUUUUAA